GCAGAUAUUAGGGUUGGAUCUUCCAGGCACAAAACAGCAAGAGGCUCCUUGGUGGUGUCCAGAGAGUGAGUCCGACCUGCAGGAUCACUGUCACCACUGCUGUCCCCACCGUGUCUGUCACACCUCCAAAACCUCUGCAGAGGAGAGGACACCAAAGAGGCCUCGCUGGAGCUGGUAGGUGCAGGGUAGGAGCUGCCAGCAAGCGGAUGCAGAUCCCUGCCUGCCACCUGCCUGUCCCAGCCUUGUUCAUCCCUGGCGUGAGUCUGUCGGAGGCAGAGAGCUGAGGCUGUGUCCUCUCCUACAGUCCAGGAAGGAGCUCUCCCCUGCCUGCUGCCAAAGCCACCCCACUCCCAGCUCCUCCCAGAGUCCUCCAGCAGCUGAAGCAUCUGUUGAGGACCUUCCUGACUGUGACACUUGCCUCACAGUUGGUCUGCCAGAACCCGAGCUUCUCACCUUCACAGCCAACAGCACAGGUUUUCCACAUUUCAGAGCUUUGGGGUUAAAAGAGCUGUCCCCACGCCUCCUGGCCCCCCCAUGCUGUUGGCAAUGAGUGCCUGCAGCAGGAAGGCUCUGACCCUGCUCAGCAGCGUGUUCGCCGUCUGUGGCCUCGGGCUCCUGGGCAUCUCUGUCAGCACCGACUACUGGCUCUACCUGGAGGAGGGCAUCGUCCAGCCCCAGAACCAGACAGCAGAAAUCAAACUGUCCCUGCACUCAGGGCUCUGGAGGGUCUGCUUCCUGGCAGGGGAAGAGCGUGGCCGCUGCUUCACUAUCGAGUACGUCAUGCCCAUGAACAUCCAGCUGACGUCCGAGUCCACCGUCAAUGUCCUGAAGAUGAUUCGCUCUGCCACCCCCUUCCCUCUGGUCAGCCUCUUCUUCAUGUUCAUUGGCUUCAUCCUGAGCAACAUCGGCCACAUCCGGCCUCACAGGACCAUCCUUGCCUUUGUCUCGGGGAUAUUCUUCAUCCUGUCAGGUCUGUCGCUGGUGGUGGGGCUGGUCCUCUACAUAUCCAGCAUUAACGAUGAGAUGCUGAACAGGACCAAGGACUCGGAAACAUUCUUCAAUUACAAAUAUGGAUGGUCAUUUGCCUUCUCUGCCAUCUCCUUCCUUCUCACAGAGAGUGCUGGGGUGAUGUCUGUCUACUUGUUCAUGAAGAGAUACACAGCUGAAGACAUCUACCGACCUCACCCUGGCUUCUACCGGCCCCGGCUGAGCAACUGCUCUGACUACUCAGGGCAGUUCCUGCACCCAGACGCCUGGGCACGGGGCCGCAGCCCUUCCGACAUCUCCAGCGAGGCGUCCCUGCAGAUGAACAGUAACUACCCAGCUCUGCUCAAGUGCCCUGACUAUGACCAGAUGUCCUCAUCCCCAUGCUGAGCCCCACCAGCCCUGCACCCGCUCCCACCCCAGUGCCAACGGGCGCCGCGUCCUGACUCCGUUUGUUGUUUAUUUUUCAGGACAAUUCUCUAUUUAUAGGAGCAUAAAAACAACCAGAGAGAUGGAUUAUAUAACCAAUAAUGUAACCUAGAGAACUGGGAGAUUUUCCUUUCUUUGGGUUUUGGGUUGGUUAGGUUUUGUUGUUUUGGGUUUUUUUGUUUAUUUUUUUUUAUUCUUCCCUGCAUAACUGAAAACGUUUCCAAAGUCCUCUUCUUUCAGCUCAUCCUGCUGAGCAAACAGCAGUUCUGCCUGGGGGAUAAACCCUGGGCUGGACUCAUGAGCAGGAAAAGACAAAAUAGAGUAGAAGUAAGAAAAGGAACAGAAAAUGGUGGUGAUUUGUUUGGUUGGUUUUGGUUUGGGUAGGCUGCAAAAGUUUGAGCAUUUGACUGUGUCAUUUAAUUAUCGAUUUACUGGUGUAAGCACCAGUGGGCAGAAAGGAUUUGUGAACAUCUCCAAGAAAUUGGCACCAUCAGAGAAAUGCAGAUUUUUUUGUAUUAUUGGUUGAUAUCUCUGGUUGCUGGCUAUCACUUUCAACCAGGCUGUCCUGGGAAAUGGCCAUCUCUCCCAGCUAUGUCUCAGCAGGCUUGGACAUCACCAGGUUCUUGUUUCUCCAUGGCCACUUGCAAGCUGGCGCUUAAAUAGAUUGGAUGCUCUGCUACAGCCCUGGGGUGUCUGGGCUCUCAGGGUGGGUUGGGCACCCACAUCUCCUCCACCAUCCCAUAGACUGGAUGUCUGAUGAGUGACUUGGAGAAUUUCAGUGCAGCAUCAAGUGAAAAACUACCUAAAACCUUCUCAUAGGAAACAUUAAGCACAGAGCAAGAGGCAGUGGGAACAAACUUACACAGGAAGUUCUGUCUAAACAUCAGGAGGAACUUCGUUACUUUGAUGUUGGCAGAGCACUGGAACUGGCUGCCCAGAGAGGUUGUGGAGUUUCUAUCUCUGUAGACUUUCAAAACCCACAAGGAUAUUGCAAUCCUGGGCAACCUGCUCUGGCUGGCCCUGGUAUGGCAGGGGGGGUUGGGUUAGAUGAUCU